CUAUCCUGAAACAAUCCCCCUCAUCCAACCCCCAGCCCCCAAAGCCAACACUUCAUCAAACCAUGCCUCCCCAACCCUCCAACCUCUCCUUCCAAACCGUCCUCAUAACCGGUGGCGCCGGCGGCAUCGGCCGCGCCCUCGCCUCCCACUUCAUCGCCUCCGGCAAAAAAGUAAUCAUCGCAGGCCGCACCGCCUCCACGCUCAAAACAACCGCAGAAGAGAUCGGCGCAGCAGCCUGCUACGUCCUCGACACCGGCGCCACCGCCUCCAUCCCGCCCUUCAUCGCCAAACUCGUCCAGGAGCACCCGGAUCUCGACUGCCUGAUCAACAACGCCGGCGUGCAGCGCCCGCUCAGCGUCCUCGACGACCCCCCCGCCGAGUUCCUGGCGAAGGCAGACCAGGAGCUCGACAUCAACGUCCGCGGCCCGCUGCAUCUCGAGCUGGGGCUGCUGCCGCACUUCCGCGCGAAGGGCGCCGCGACCAUCGUGAACGUGUCGUCGGUGCUGGGUUCGUGCCGUUCAGCGUGAUUAACCCCGUGUAUAACGGCACGAAGGCGUGGGUGCAUUUCUGGAGCGUGAAUUUGAGGACCCAGCUGGCGGGGACGGGGGUGCGGGUGG